AUGGUGUUUUUCAGUUGCGAUGUAUGUAAUGAAGCAUUGAAGAAAAGUCAAAUUAACAAGCAUGGAUUCAGAUGCAGAAAUGCAACGUAUUCGUGUUUGGAUUGUGGCCAAGCCUUUUCUAUAGGAACCUAUAAGAACCAUAUCAAAUGUGUCACAGAGAAUAAGAAGUAUGGUGGCAAGAAUUAUGUUGAAAAAGAAAACAAAGGCGAAGUAAAGCAAAGUCGAUGGAUUGAGCAAGUAGAACGAGCAAUAGAAAAUGUUACUGAUAAAGAAUUAAAGGGUCUUCUGCAACAAAUUCAUGGUUUCAACAAUAUACCAAGAAAAGAAGCGAAAUUCAUAAACUUUUUGCAGAAUUCCAUUAAAAUGUGGAAUCGAGAUCUAUGUGUUAAGGCAUGGAAGUGUAUAAGUGAGCAAGCCCAAAAAUUACAGCGAGAGACUAAGAAAAUAGAAUUGAAAAGAAGUGGUAAAAGUUGUAAUAGUCUAGACGAUAAAAAAGGACUUGAACAAGAAGCUUCAAAAAGUAAUGGUGAGAAAGUGGAAGAAAUCGAGACUGAGAAAAAGGAAUUGAAGGAAAAUAGUAUGUGUGAGGAUGAUAACAAUAGUGCCGAACAGGGAACAUUAACAACCGAUGAUGUGAAGAAGUUCAAAUGGAAACGAGCAAUUAAACGAGCUUUAAAAGAAGCAGAAAAUGGACAAAUGAAAGUGAGGCAGUUGAGGAGCAAAGUUAUCCAAAGUUAUUUGGCAAGUGGUCAGUUUAAUGGAAGUGUUGAAAAUCUGGAAACCAUUUUUAAUGCUAAGUUAUGUUCCUUAGGUUUACAUAUUGAUAAUAAAACAGUACGAUUAAAUUAA